AUGUCCUGUAUAUCUGCUCUUCCUAUCAUUGUAAAACUAAAGCAUGGGGAGGCCAGGCACCGGCCAGAAGAUGGGUCAAGUAGAGCUAACAAUGACAGUACGCCAUACAAGGUACCCGAUUCCUUGAAAGAACCGGGCCGGCCAAUCUCGGCGGGCUCUACAGGCCAACAAUUAGUGCUUUUCAACUUUCCCUCACGGUACUUGAUCGCCAUCGGACUCGUGCCUGUAUUUAGCCUUGGAUGGACUCUACCACCCAGUUUGGGCUGCAUUCACAAACAACCCGACCCCAGAGUAGCCUCAGUCAGCACCCCUGUAUAG